AGACAAACUGGUUUUUAGCUGGACACCCUGCAUGUCUAAUUCGUGUUUGAUGAAUGAAAUUUCACUCGGGAGCUUUGCUGCUGUGGCAUUAGUCAUAUAUAAUAACACCAACCUGUAAUGUUCCAAAAUAGAUGAUGUCUCUCCCUAUUCUGACAGUUCAUUUUCCAAAUAAUGUCAUUUUCUUUAAAAGUGUGUUUGGACAUAAUGAAACACAGAUAAUUGCGGAAGUUUGUGGUUUAUUUAUCCUUAUCCUGAUCAUUUAUGGUUAUUCAAUUGUUAGUACAUGAUCCUCAAAACCAUUAGUUGAAAUGUGAAAUAGCUGUGAUGUUUGUUUUAAGUUCACUGUGAUUAAUUAACACAAAAAGCAACAAGCCAACCUAGUUAGAUUUUGUGUUGUUAAUAUUUACCAAAAAUGUGAAUCUGUUGUUUUUUAUUCCUGAUUUUGUAAACUAAAUGAGAGGAAAUUCGUUUUUAGCAGUUUUCUAGCACAAGGAGUGGCCAUGUAAAAUAAAUAGUGGAGAAUUGUAUCCAAGCAGCUGGUUCAUGUCCGAAACAACUUGCAACUUAUUGGAAGAAAUGAGAAACUGCUACUAUUAAUAAUUUAUACUGUAAGAAUUUUAAUUCUGAUCACAGAAAUGCACCAAAGUAAUUGAGAAACACUGCAAACUCUUGACAGAAACAAAUGAAUCAACGUCCUUAAAAGCUACGUAGACAAAAUAAAACUGUAGCAAGAUUUUUUUGCUCACAGUUCUGAGUGAUCAGCUGUAAUCUGUCUUGCCUUUUGUAUUGAAUGUUUUGAAGAAUUUGCUGUGGCCAUCGAGCGCCAGAACUGAGUAUUGCAUACAGUACACAACCCAGAAAUGACAGCUAGCAAGGAACUACAUGUCAAAAACAGAGCGCCUGCCUGGUGAUGAUGGAUGAGAGGCAGGAGAGAAGAAAAUGCAGAUUUACUGCAAGUGAUGUUUUCGUCAUGAUGCUUAACAAAUCGAUUGGUUGAUGUGUGUAGAGAUGGGAAACUUGAGCAGCAGGUUUCAGUCCCCCUCUCAGGGACCAGAGGAAGCAGCAGAGGGUGCGAUCAGCAGCCGAAGACACGGCUGUGAGUGUAAGAAGAGGAAGCGGAACGCUCAGUGUGACUGCGACAGCGAACAGGAGGAAGACGACAUACUAGACACACCUCGCAGGAAGAAAUUGAAAAGCACCUCAAAGUACAUUUAUCAGACCUUGUUUCUAAAUGGAGAAAACAGUGAUAUUCGUAUCUGUGCUCUGGGGCAGGAGUGGAACCUCCAUAAAGUGUAUCUUUGUCAGUCUGGAUAUUUCUCCAGCAUGUUCAGUGGCUCUUGGAAGGAGUCCAACAUGAUGGAAAUCAACUUGGAGAUUCCCGACCAGAACAUCGACGCUGAAGCUCUGCAAGUCGUCUUUGGAUCGCUGUACCGGGAUGAUGUUCUGAUCAAGCCCAGCCGGGUCAUCAGUAUUCUCGCUGCUGCGUGCAUGCUACAGCUGGACGGCUUGAUCCAGCAGUGCGGUGAAAGCAUGAAGGAGAACAUCAGCGCCAAGACUGUGUGUGGCUACUAUGCUUGUGCCAGCAUCUACGGCCUGGAUUCAGUCAUGAAGAAGUGCCUCGAAUGGCUUCUGAACAAUUUGAUGACCCAUCAAAAUGUUGACUUGAUGAAAGAACUUGGGGCUGAUGUGAUGGAGCAGCUCAUCCAGUCCUCUGACCUAUUCGUCAUGCAGGUGGAGAUGGACGUGUACACCGCUCUGAAGAAGUGGAUGUUUCUGCAGCUAAACUCCUCAUGGGACGGUCCAAUCAAGCAGCUUCUGGCCGACGCCGACGCUUGGCUUUGCAAACGCAGGACAGACCUGUGUGAAAAGGAGCCGUUCUUAAACACAGAGGAGGGGGCGCCGUUUCGUUCCGUCUUCAGGCUCGUCCGUCUCCAGUACAUCAUCAACGAUCUCGCAUCUGCUCGCAUCCUGGAGAGAGACAAUAUCCUGCCUCCUGGGUGGCUAACUGCGAUGUACAAAAACCAGUGGUUUGCCAUGCUGCGGACAGAAUUUGACAACGACAACGGACCUCAGGAGCCCAACAAAGAUGAGUUUGAGCAGAACAGCAUGAGGUGUGGCAGGAAGCUGACUAAAGAUGGAGAUUACUGCUGGAGGUGGACGGGGUUCAACUUCGGGUUUGACCUGUUGGUCACUUACACAAACCGCUUCAUAGUCUUUAAAAGGAAUACACUCAGUCAGCCAUGUGGGGGCGCUGUGAGUCUACAACCACGGAGACAUCUGGCUUACAGGUUACGUCUCGCCUCCUUUGACAGCCGAGGGAAGCUGGUCUGCAGUCGCUCCACGGGUUACCAGCUCCUCACCCUGGAGAAGGACCAGGAGUACGUGGUGAUGAACCUGGACAGCCGGCUGCUGUCGUUCCCCCUGUACGUGUGCUGCAACUUCCUGUAUACCUCGCCUCAUUCAGACCACCGUCCAGAUUCCUCGGAGCCAGAAAGCGCCGCUCGCGCUGCGUCUUGAUGGCUUCUGAUGGCCACUAGCUGCUACCAUUCCUGUUGACAUGAAGACAUUCACCCAAAGACUAACCGAACACCUCUUCAGCACAUUGACUGCAUGCUUGUGGUGGAGUUUGGAGGCAUUUUCACAUCCAUGUGGGCAGUUUUUGGUACAUUUUGACACCGAGCUGUUCUCAGUGAGGCCCACCAUCUUCUGUUGCCAUGCAUUUAUCCACAAAUCAUCCACUUUUUAAAGUGGAAGGGAGUAGGGGAAAUCUGCUUUUCAGGUUGGGUUUAGGAACUUCAUAGCUUCAAGAUGGAUUGAUCUGCUGGAGGAGGUUUUUUUUAGUUCUGCUUAUUAAUUCUUUUUUAUUUAAAAGUUGAUAUUAGAGCGCUGUCAAAUAAAAAAUGUGAGCUCAACAACACAGGUUUAAAUGGAUUCAUCAUAUAUCAGACCAACUCACUCUCAUCAAAGAAACGGUUCAAAUUCACUAAUUUUUGGUUUAUCAAAAUAUACAUAUGUGUAAAUUUGAAAGAUAAUCAAAUCUGCCUCAUGUGGACUUGUACAUAUGAAAAUAAUGAGGGAAAAAAAAGAUUGGCAUGCUGUAGAAGGAAAAUGUCUCUAGUUUAACAUGUUUUUACACUCGUGGUUGCGUGUUUGUUCAAUUCUACAGCAGAGCAGCUUCUCAGAACCUGUUUUUUAAUCUUCACCUCGUAUUGAGUGAAGCAGCAUCGUAAAGUCAAGCCGGACUCUUCUGGAUUGUUCGGAUAUAUUUCCACACCCUGCAGUGUUAUUUUCCAUCACUGACAUUCAGUUGGGCUCCUGGUCAUUAUUUAUGGGGGAAGAUGUUUGAAUUACUUGAGUUAUAUCUUUAUUCUGAACUCAUGGGAAACACAAAGUAGCUUAGUAGUUACCAAAAUCUGCACAGUUACCUCUUAAGUUUGCUUUCAUUCUGUGGAUUUAUUCACCGUCUCUGGAUGUGUUUUGAAAAGCUGGGGGAUUCCCAGUUGUAAAUCAGAUGGAUUUUUAACAUUUCUGGAUCUCCAACAAAUUUGUUUGUACAGCUGUUAUUAUGUGUAAAUUUGGCCUUUUUUUAUUUGGGUUUUUAUUUUUAUUUUUUUUACCUUUUUAUUUUUGUGGAUGUUUUAUGUUUGCAAAAAGAUAUUUCUUUUGACUGCCAAUAAAACUGCCCUUCCAUACGGGCCGUGGUGCUAUCAUACGAUCCGAUCUUUUAUUACAGUUUUAUUACAGGUAGACAAACGUGUUUACGAGCGAAAGUUAAGGCAUAAAAAAAUAUGGGGUGAUUCGUCUUGUACUUAUUGUUUCAAGUAAAAGUUUGGUCUUC